AUGGCAACAAAUCCUGCAAUUGGAGAACUGCAACUAUCCUGUACAGAAGAAUCUGACAAACUGCAUAAAAUGACAAAAAAAGAGAAAAAAGUGCAGAGAAGAAAGUUGAAAAAUAAUUAUGAAUUAUCAAAACGAGCUAAGGAAAUUUGGGAGACACUAAGAAGGCACAACUGCUCAAAGGAAACAAGACGAAAGUUAAUCGCAGAAUUGUAUAAAAUGGUACAAGGAAAAGUUUCUGAGUUGGCCUUUGCCCAUGACACAGUGCGUGUAUUACAAUGUUGUAUACAGUUUGGUUCAGUUGAACAAAGAAAUGCUAUAUUUGAAGAAGUUAAAGAUUUGAUGUUGGACCUCAGCAAAAACAAAUACAGUAAAUUUUAUGUAUUGAAAAUGUUAAAAUAUGGAACAAAAGAGCAAAGAGACUUUAUUAUAAAAAGUUUUUAUGGAAAAGUUGCUAAGUUAGUUGCUCACUCAGAAUCCAGUGAAAUCUUGGAAUCUGCGUAUAAUAACCAUGCCAAUGCCAGUCAGAGAAUAUCAUUGUUGGAGGAGUUUUAUGGACCAACAUACGCAGUUUUUAAGACACAAAAUAAUUUAACAUUGGAGCAAAUACUAAAGGAAAAUCCUGGCAAGAAGAGACCAAUUCUAGAGAAUAUGAAACAUGCAUUAACACCAUUACUUGAAAAGUCAGUGAUAAAACACAGCAUUGUCCACAAAGCACUGAUGGACUAUUUUAUAUUUGCAGAAAUAAAAUCCAAAACAGAUCGUAAAGCUAUCAUCAAAUCGUUCAAGACCUUUGUUCUUAAAAUAUGUCGAGAAGAGUUUGGACAUUUAGUCAUGUUGGCAAUAUUUGAUGCAGUAGAUGAUACAAAAUUGGUUUCCAAAGUCCUCUUAAAUGAAAUGUUGAAAGAUUUGUCAACAAUUGCCAUGGAUACAUAUGGGCGUAAAGUACUACUGUAUUUAUUAGGUGGGCGAGAUCCAAGUUAUUGUCAUCCAGAUAUUGUAAAAAUAUUACAAGGAGGUGACAAUAAUCCCACCAGUAAGAAAAGUAGAGAUGUGCGACAACGUGAACUGAUAGAAGCGGCUUCACCUGGACUGUUGGAGCUUGUUGCCAAGGAAACCAGAGCAUUAGUGUUUGAUAAAUCUCACAGUCAGUUAGUCUUGGCUAUAUUGCGUCAUGCCAAGGGUGACAAAUCACAUGCAAUGAAUGCUAUUUGUGAAUUGGCUGCUGAGGAGUUUAUUCCCCAUGUGAAAGACUCCGAAGAUAAGCUAGAUGAGAUGCAUAUAGCUGAACACCCAGCAGGUCAUCAAUUCUUGAAAAGAUUAAUUCUACAAGAUAAAGACAAAUCUGAAAAAUCGGAAGAGUUAUUUUCUAAUGUUUUGCUGAAUGGAGUGAAAAGGCGGUAUCUUGUAAGUUGGGCUAAAGUGAACAGAUCAGCGUUUGUGCUUUGUAGCAUAAUGGAAUCAGGUAUUCAAGAAAUUACUGAAAAACUGAAAGAGAUACUCUUACCAGCCAAAAAGGAACUGAGUCGAUGUAAAACUAAAGGCACUCAAUUGUUAUUAGAAAAAAUGAAAUGAUACUGCAUGGAAUGAUGUAUAUUGUAUUUUAGAUGGGGUUAUUUUUUUUUAUCACCACAACACCAAUAUUCAGACAUCGAGGCCCC